GCUCAAAUCACUUACCAGCGUACAUAGGUGACCUAGAGCAUUCAUUCUCUCUCGAAAAGGGGAACUGCGACGCACAAAGCCCCCGUUCAGGAGGUACUACGCCGCAGACUGCUCUGUCAGAAUCCACCAGAAUGACAUCUCCUUCGUUGCACUAUGGGAGAGACCCUCGAGUGGUAGUUUCCAACGAGUCCCAGAACUUCGAAGGGGAGCUCAAAGUUCAGGAAAACUAUCCGAUGGUAAAAGCCAAGGGCUAUACAACUGCAGAAUCUGGGGAUUUUCAGUGUGUUAUUCCAAGCUAUCCUACGGCGUCCGAUUCCCGCAUCGACGUCAACGGCGAUGACAUUUCGAAAUGCGUGGAACCCUCAGGGGAGCUAGAGGCUCCCUCCAGUUCCAAGCGCAAAUUGGAGAGGUUAGUGCCUAUGGACGAUGCGCCUAUCAAGCGGCAGCGAUGCACCUCUCCGCCUUCUGAUCUUGAGGUUCGCACGAAUGAACUUGCUGAAGACGAUGAGGCCAAUGUGAAAUUCCAGAGUCGAUAUUUUGCAUGUCCUUUUUACAGAAACAAUGCAGCUCGCCAUACGGCCUGCCUAGGUCUGAAAAUGCUUCGAAUUCGAGAUGUUAAACAACACCUCCAGCGACGGCACUCAGAGCCUCUUUACUACUGCACAACCUGCUACAAGAGGUUCACAACAGUAUCAGAGAAGUCUCAGCACAUGCAAGAUCAAUCGAUUAUUCCAUGCUUUCCGACAGAUGGGGAAUUCGAUUUCGUCCCACCACACGCAAAAGACUUACUAAAGUCCAAAGUAAGCAGGAAGGAUAAGGCCGAGGAACAGUAGAACACCGUUUGGGACGAGAUCUUCAAGCCAAAACCAAGACCCAAAGACUGCUACAUGGGAACAGUCAUUGAAGAAGUAACCGCUAUGCUGCAAAACUUUUGGCAGCAUGAAGGCGACCAGAUUGUCUCAAGGUUCAUGGAAACAAAAAGAUUGCAGAUCAAUAAUGAUGUCUGCCUCAAGGAUACCCUUCAUGGAUUGAUGGCCAAAUCGUACCAAAUUUUUUCGAAAAGAUUUCGAAUGUCACAGUCUCUGGAAAGGCCCAUUCCACCUCCAAGUAAUGGACAGUCUUGUAAUCUUGAUCAAAUAUCGAGGCCUUCAUAUGGCAAAGAUCCGCAGGACUUAAUCACCACGAUAACUAGAUUACAACAGGAGGGAUA